AUCAUUUCCAAUCAAAUCCUAAGCCUUCGGCAACGGAAAAAACACUCGAAACAGUGGUUCAAAACUCUUCACGUUCAUGCAAUGAAAUCCUAGAGAAAAAUGGCCAUGAUCCGAGCCUUUUUACAACCAAGGUCAUCGCCAAGCGGUAUUUAUUCACUGCGAACUACGAGUGGGUCUUCGUACAGAGUUUACUGUCACAUGGCCGAAAUAUCUGAAUGUGGAAAAGGAGCUUGGACACUAGUUUUGAAAGUGGAUGGCGAAAAGGACACAUUUCAUUAUAACUCUUCUUACUGGGCCGAUAAGAAAGUUUUCAACGAAGACGAUGGACUCGAGGGAAUGUCAGAAAAAGAAACAAAACUCGCUUCAUACUGGAACACACCAUUCACGAAGAUAUGCCUCGGUAUGAAGGACAAGAGUGACAGUGUAAAAUGGAUUGUGAUUAAACACAAAGCAAACUCGCUUUUCGAACUGAUCGCAAAUGGCGAAUUUAUCGAAACAAAAGUGGGGGAAAAUCAAUGGAAAUCACUGAUCACUGACUCGGAAUUACAGCCCUACUGUAACAAGGAGGGGUUCAACAUUGAUGGAGGACAUCAGACGUAUUUGCGUAUAGGGCUAGUGGCUAACAAUAACAACGACUGUAAGUCGUGCAACUCUUGUAUUGGUUUUGGUGCUUCAGUACGUGGGUGUAACAACCAACUUAGAAGUAUUGCCUGUGGUAAUAUUUAUGACUGUAGACAGACUUACAGGAGUACACCAAAUUCCGGAUACAUAUAUGUGCAGUAGCAUCAUAGUUGAAUUGAGCAUGUUGGAUCCAGUGGCGGAUAUAUAGGGGUAGUCAGAAUAAAUUAUUUUGAAAUGCAUAGCUAAUUGCGUUGUUAUUAAGGUGUUUAAGUUUAGCUGUGUAUUUUAUUCUGACCUAGAUCCGCCACUGGUAUGAUGGAAACGUUGGGAUUUAGUCUUUUGUAGUAUUAUUAUUCAAUGUACGUAGCGUCGUAUUAAUAAGCGCAAGCACUCCACUUCAAAUUAAUGGCGUAGUCACACACACAUAUCCACGCCAUUUUCUCGACGGCUUAGACUCGUUUUCCAUGCACUAUACAUGUAGACGAAUUUAUUCGCGCGAACAGGUAAAAAGUAGGUAGCGUUUUUCGCUAACAAAUCACAUCGGAUUUCAGAUAUCGCUAACAUUCGUCGCGCGAAUAAAUUUGCUUAAUAGAAAACGGGCUCUAUGGCGUCACGCAGAGGGCGUCAGGUCGUGUUUUCCUAAAUGAGGCAGGAAGUAGCUUGCCGCGUACGGGCAGAGCAAAUCAGAACGCCAAAAUUUUUCAUACUUCAUGUAAAAUAGUAAUUAAUAUACAAUCUUCGUGGAUUGGCCUAAAUCUAAUAACGCGAUUGGUCAAUCACGUGGUUUCUUGUU